AUUCAACGUUCUCGCACGCGGCGGUCAGCUUGUCUCUCAAAGAGACGAGAAAUGAGUGAGGAAAACGGUGAAGUGAAUCAUUGUGGAUAUAGCGCAGGAGAUCCAUUGCCUGAAGGCGUGGCAGGUGCUCCUAAUGAAAGAAGACUCGUCGAACUGAUGGAAACGACAGGAUACAGCAUCACACAAACGAACGGACAACGCAAGUUCGGUCCUCCGCCGGAUUGGGAUGCUGCUCCUCCGGUUCGUGGUUGUGAGGUUUUUAUCGGAAAAAUUCCUCGUGAUUUGUACGAAGACGAGCUUGUUCCGGUCCUGCAGACCGUCGGUAAACUGUAUGAACUAAGACUGAUGAUGGACUUUAGUGGCAACAAUCGAGGAUACGCAUUUGCUGUUUAUACAAACAAAGAAGACGCCAAACAGUGCGUCAAAUCUUUAAACAACUACGAAAUCAGAAAGGGUAGGACGGUAGGAGUGUGUCACAGUGUUGACAACUGCAGACUGUUUGUUGGUGGACUGCCCAGAAAAGUAACGAAAGAGGAGAUUCUCUGCGAAAUGACUACAUUGACUGAAGGCGUCAAUGAUGUGAUUGUCUACCCAUCAGCGACUGACAAGACGAGGAACCGCGGCUUCGCAUUCGUAGAAUACAACUCACACAGAGAAGCUGCUAUGGCCAGAAGGAAACUAAUGAACCAAGGUCUAGAGUUGUGGGGACAUCCUAUGGCUGUAGAUUGGGCGGAACCAGAAGCUGAAGUCGAUGAGGAGAUCAUGGCGAAGGUGAAGGUUCUGUAUGUGCGCAAUCUCAUGCUGUCAACAAGUGAAGAGCAGAUUCAUGCUGCAUUUUCAUAUUUCGCUCCUGUUGAAAAAGUAAAGAAAAUUCGUGAUUAUGCGUUUGUGCAUUUCCUUUCUCGAGAUGACGCUGAGAAGGCGCGGCAAGCAAUGAAUGAAUCAGAACUAGACGGAAGUGAGAUUUCAGUCAGUUGGGCGAAGCCCGUCGAUCGAGAGCAGCACCGCAUGGCGCGCGUUAUGAAUAAGCACAUAACCAGUCAUUUUCCCGCUACUUACCAAGAAUUCUCUCCUAUAACCACCGUUUAUGGACAACAAUUUCCCACCAACAGAUACGCGGAAAGAUCUCAUUUGGGGUCACGUGGGCGGAGUAAGGGUGUAACGCACGUGGUCCCACGCACUCUGGUUCCUUCUGUUGCCCCCCAGAUGGUGCUGAGCCCUGCACCAGCCAUGAUUUUGAGACAACCGAUGCCUUAUUAUCAGGACAUGGCGAUAUCGAAUGGUACAAAAAGAAAACAGCCGACAGAAAUUUUGGAAGACAUAUGCAAUCGAAAUCAGUGGGGAAGUCCCAUAUUUUCUCUUCUUAGCGUUGAUUCGAAUGGAGUUCAGUUGUUUAUGGGGAAAGUGACGAUUCAAGGUCUUGCACAGCAAUUCAGUGCAACUCGCCUGAGUCAGAAUACAGAGGAGGCUAAGCAACAAGCAGCUGAACAUGUUCUCACUCAACUGGGUUUUAGACCGUAUUUAGAAGAUUCUUACUCUUCACGUGUUGGGUUUGGUGCACGUGAAGCCACACCGUCAACAUUUCCAGGUUUUGUUUCAGUGGCUGCUACCCCUUCCCCUCAUGCUGCUCCUUUGUCUCCUACAAAGCUUUGGACACAAGAUGCAGCUAUUUAUACUCCAGUGUAUGACAGUCUGCAAACACAGCAAUACACUCCAACACAAGAUGUGUUUGCAUCUGCUCAUUAUUGACCUGGAACGUUUGUGUUGUAUAUGGAAUAUACAGGAAGUGAAUCCAUCUAUUUAUGGAGAGCUACAAGAGUAUUUUGUUUCACUGGAGAGUGUAGGGAGGAAGAUGUUUUAGACCUCUUUAUUUUUUACGUAACUGGUUUAUCUACGUCUGAUAGAGAUGACAGUAUUGUACUGUCCUGUGCUAUCCUUAUAUUCCAUUGAUCCUAUCGUUUGUUCAACUUCGAGAUCUUGAGAUAUCUUUCCAUGUUUUACAAUACCUGGUAUAUUGGAGAUCGUGUUCAUAGACUUGUCUGCUCUAUUGAGUUCUAGUUGUAGUUUUGUGUCAAAGAAAUACCAUGACAUGAUCUAUAUGAGACACGUG